AUGUCGACGGCUGAAAUCAUCUCUAUCUCCACUGCCUUGAUGGCGUCAGGUGGUAUCGCAACCCUGACAUUCUUCGACGUCCCCGAGCUCCAAUCUCAACCUGCCUCUCGGUCUCUACCUUGUAUCCGAUGGCUGUUCAGUCGCGGGUCACACGUCUUCCCAUCAGCUUCACUUCUCUCAACCAUUGGCUUUAUAUACUCUGCAUCUUCUCGCAAUUCCCUAAGCACCGGUCCUCUCUACGCUCUCUCAACCAACACUCUCAAAGCCAAUACAUUCUUGACGGCUGCGGCUCUAGCAUUUAGCAUCGCGCCCUUUACUCAACUCAUGAUUCCGACAAACUUUGCGCUUAUUGAGGAGAAUAAUAAACUCGGUGGAACGAGAAGUAAGAAGGCUGCUGAGCAAGACAUGUCACUGGAUAGAAGUGCUUGGGAGUCAGUCAAGGGAACUGGUGAAGGUUUUGAGUUUACAGAUCUCAGUGGUCCCCAGGAGCAGACUGAAAGGGAUUCCACAGCAGAGGAAGAUGAGAAGGUUCGCAGUUUGUUGGAGAGGUUUCGAUGGCUGAAUCUCGUGAGGGCUGUUCUUAUUGGCGCUGGAGGAAUCGUUGGUCUCUAUGCUGCUAUCAGCUAA